AUGGAGAUACAACUCAUGCUACCGUCGCCGGCGGUCGAUUUCAGCUGCGAAAGCACCAAUACUACGCCGUACGUCACCGCACCUUCUACCCCACACCGCUUCCCCAAUUUCUUCUACACCGCACCCACAAGCCCCAUCCACUCCCUCGCCAUCUCCUUUCAUCAGGAAGAUGAAGAUCAUCAUGAUGACGAUAAGGAUUUUGCAUUCAAUUUCACCGGAGAACUGGAACCACCUUCUAUAUCCGCCGCCGACGAGCUCUUUCAUUGCGGCAAGAUCAAGCCAUUAAAGCCUUCUGUCUCCGACGACCCGCCUAAAUCCCCACCCUCACGCUUCACUCAAGCGUUUUCCCCUCGCCGUAAAAAGAAAGAUUUUGACGCUUUCACUGAGGCAUUAACACAAACAUCUGGUGAACAAACGCAAACCAGUCAAAACUCAUCUAAACGAGGAAGGGAAUCGACGAGAAAAACCAAAAUUAAAGACAAAGUAUCACCGUCGUCAUCACCGUUUAGAAUCUCCGAUAUUUUAUCCGAUGAAGAACAUCACAACCAGAGAAACCCAACAAAUCAAUCGUCGUCGUUAACGUGGUACAAUAAGUGGAACCUUAAAAACCUGCUAUUGUUUCGAAGCACGUCGGAGGGAAGUGCGAGGAGGAGCAAAGACCCGGUGAAUAAAUAUUCGAGGAUAAGGAAAGGCGGCGGCGACGCAGGUGAAGAUGUAAGGAAUUCAAGCUUUAGAAGUACAGAGAGUUUGGGUUCGAGUAGGAGGGUGAUGAGGAAGGUUUCAGCGCAUGAAAUACAUUACACGGCGAACAGAGCGGUGGCGGAAGAGAUGAGGAAGAAGACGUUCUUGCCGUAUAAAUCUGGGUUGUUAGGUUGCUUGGGGUUCCAUAACAAUGGCGGAGGCAGUGUUCAUGAGAUUUCAAGAGGGAUCACUUCUGUUAUGAAACAACGAGGAUACUGA